GGGCUAGGGAACAGCAAGGAGGCAGUGAAGCAUCCAAGCUACUAAUGUUAGGAUUGGAGGUCAGAAGCUGUUCUACAGGGAGAAUGGGAAGCCUGCAGAUGGACUAAGCCAGAAGGGGGUUUGCUUUUGAUGACAAUACUAGACCUUGAAGGUGGACAAUCGGGUGCAGUAUGACAGGACAAACUGCAGGAGGCUGUGAGGGCUGCUGAAGAUGUCCGAUAGUCUGGAUAUUGAAGAGAAACCUCCAGCCCCUCCGUUGAGAAUGAACAGCAACAAUCGUGAUUCUUCAGCACUGAACCACAGCUCCAAACCGCUCCCCAUGGCCCCAGAGGAGAAAAACAAGAAGGCCAGGCUGCGCUCCAUCUUCCCAGGAGGAGGGGAUAAAACCAAUAAGAAGAAAGAGAAAGAGCGUCCUGAGAUCUCUCUUCCUUCAGACUUUGAACAUACGAUUCAUGUGGGGUUUGAUGCCGUCACUGGAGAAUUCACUGGAAUCCCAGAGCAGUGGGCCAGGCUACUACAGACCUCCAACAUAACCAAACUAGAGCAGAAGAAGAACCCACAAGCUGUUCUAGAUGUCCUCAAAUUUUAUGAUUCCAAAGAGACAGUUAACAACCAGAAAUAUAUGAGCUUUACUUCAGGAGAUAAGAGCGCCCAUGGAUACAUAGCAGCCCAUCCUUCGAGCACAAAAACUGCAUCAGAACCUCCAUUAGCCCCUCCAGUUUCAGAAGAAGAAGAUGAAGAAGAUGAAGAGGAGGAAGAUGAUAAUGAGCCUCCACCUGUUAUUGCACCACGGCCUGAGCAUACAAAAUCAAUUUACACGCGCUCUGUAAUUGAACCUGUCGCUGCACCAGUACCAGCUAAAGAAGCUACCACCCCCCAGCCUGAGAACUCAAACACAAACACAUUGUACAGGAACACGGACCGGCAAAGAAAAAAAUCUAAGAUGACAGAUGAGGAGAUCCUAGAGAAAUUGAGAAGUAUUGUCAGUGUUGGAGACCCUAAGAAGAAAUAUACACGAUUUGAAAAAAUUGGUCAGGGGGCAUCGGGUACAGUUUAUACAGCAAUAGACAUUGCUACAGGGCAGGAGGUGGCCAUCAAACAGAUGAAUCUCCAACAGCAGCCCAAAAAGGAACUAAUUAUUAAUGAAAUCCUGGUCAUGAGGGAAAAUAAGAACCCCAACAUUGUUAAUUAUUUAGACAGCUACCUAGUAGGUGAUGAACUCUGGGUCGUUAUGGAGUACUUGGCAGGAGGCUCUUUAACUGACGUUGUUACAGAGACCUGUAUGGACGAAGGACAAAUAGCAGCUGUCUGUAGGGAGUGCCUGCAAGCAUUGGAUUUCUUGCAUUCAAACCAAGUGAUCCAUAGAGACAUCAAGAGUGACAACAUUCUUCUCGGGAUGGAUGGAUCUGUCAAAUUGACUGAUUUUGGGUUCUGUGCUCAGAUCACGCCUGAGCAGAGUAAACGGAGCACAAUGGUGGGGACUCCUUACUGGAUGGCACCGGAAGUGGUGACGAGAAAAGCAUACGGCCCCAAAGUGGACAUCUGGUCAUUAGGGAUCAUGGCAAUAGAAAUGGUGGAAGGAGAACCUCCGUACCUUAAUGAAAAUCCUCUCAGGGCAUUAUAUCUGAUAGCUACCAAUGGCACUCCAGAACUGCAGAAUCCCGAGAGACUCUCUGCUGUGUUCCGAGACUUUCUGAACCGCUGUCUUGAGAUGGAUGUAGACAGGAGAGGAUCUGCCAAGGAGCUUUUGCAGCAUCCAUUUUUAAAACUAGCCAAGCCUCUCUCCAGCCUGACUCCUCUGAUUAUUGCAGCAAAGGAAGCGAUUAAGAACAGCAGCCGCUAGCACUGAGGGCUGGCUUCACCCCACACCAGCUCUCUCCAGAGCAGGACUGAACAAAAACUCUGUAAAACCUCAACUCUUGUGCUGCAGGACAGGUGGGUAGAAGGACAAACCGUCACAGUCAUGAUGGGGGCCAGCGGUUCUCUGGUUCCCCAAGGAAUAGAAACCUAUCACGUGUCUUCUUCCUGCUCUCUGGUUCCUUAAUAUAUUUCUAAGAUGAAACAGGACCCAAGACAGAACGGAAAGGUAAUGGCUUUGCUAUCUAAGCUAUUUCCAAGGUAAAACAACUUGGUAGCAAGACCCCCAGUGAACAUUUUAUGCUUUACUUUUAAACAAUUGGUUGUUUCUUAAAGAUGCACAAUCCCAUUUUUGGGAUUUGGGGUUUUUUGGGUGUUUUUUGUUUUGUUUUUUGUUUUGCUAUGGCUUGGAAUUGCAGCGGAGUCCUGCAUUCAGCUCCUUCAGAUGGUAUCAUCUUUUGAACACAGCCUGCUCUCUAGCAUUUGCCCAUUCACGGUACCAUUAGAUAAGGAAGAGAGUGAAAUUGUAUUUCCAAUCCAAAAAUAUAUCAAGAGCAGAGCAGAUGAAGCAUCCUUUGGAGAUGCAUACUUUUAGCCAUGAAUAUCUAGUGUUUGGGUCCCUGGCAGCUUGAUUCGUAUAAUUAAUUGUACUAUUUUUGCCUUUGUGGGAUUUUUUUAAAAACAAGAAAAGCAAGAUCAGCAAGUUUGCUCAUAAAGUGCUUGUCCAAUAGCACACUAUCAUCAAAAUGUCAAGUGACAAUGGGUCCAGUCUAGCUAGGUGCCGAGUCUCUUUUCUCACAUGCUGAGCACCCAGAGCUCCCACAGAAAACUAAGUGAAGAGCACUAUCGCUGAAGGGAGCUGAGGAGGCUCAACCAAUUUGCAGUCAUCACUCAACACUGUGGGAUUGGACUGUAAGAACUACAAGACAACAGGCUAAGAUCUGCCAUCAGUUGUAUCCAGGCCCUGGCAAUCCUGUGGAAAUGAAUUAUUACCCUACCUAGGUUUGCAUUGGUGUAGGGGAGGGGCAGUCUUAGCUCAGUGAUAUUUUUAGUUCUGUAAACUGAGUUUGCCUGUCCUCAUGUCCACAUUGUGUCUGCUGAAGAAGGGUGUGUAGCAUCUCUAACAUUGCCAAUAAAUUUGAGGGAUCCAUUCCUAUGAACUCCUACCCAGGCAAGCAAUCUAGACGUGAGCAAUCCCACUGAAAUCAUGAGGACUACUUACGUGAGUAAGGGCUUGCAGGAUUUAGUUCUGCAUGAGUGAGUAUAGCAGAAGCCGGAAGAGGAAAGGCAUCUAAAAAAAAGGCUUUGCAUAGUGCCAGGGCAAAGGCAAAUGUAGGAAGAAAAAUGCAGACUGGACUAUAUAAAUAUUCUUACAGCCAUAAACUGGGUCUGCUUUCAACUGUCCUCAGUGCACACACCAAACACCCCAUAAUGCAAGUGUGCACUUGUCGAGGGGAGACUAACUCCUGGAAAUGACUGAGGAUUGUGCUGACUACUACAUUUAUCUGUAAAGGAACAAAAUGGAUUAAUUAAGCAAUUUGUAUUUUAUUUUUACUCACAAGUGGCAAAUUUGAGUAGUUUUCACUCAGCAAAGGAGUUUAUAUGGAUUUUUGCUGCUGUAUUUUAGUAAGAUGAUUAAGCCAAAAUCCAAGCCCUUUGAAACAGCCCUUGGAUCCUGGCUGUGGGUAGCAGAGAUUUUGUCACUGUUAGCAGAGCCUUCUAAUGCAGAUCAAGGCAAUUUUCCCACUGGGCGUGUCCACACGUGCAUUUAUGCUGGCUUAAAUGUACUGCACAGUAAAUUACUGCGCAGUAAAUGGGAAUGGGCCGGGGUCUACAUGUGCUGGGAUUAAAGCAAAUUAAUGCUGUGUGUGGAUUGAGUUGGGACUAAAGUCAGUUCCAAGUCAGUCUACACACACAGUGUUACUGCACAGUAAGGGAUCUACACGUGUGUUACUGUACAGUAACUAAUUGGGCAUAAAUUUGAUACCUGCAUCAUGCAGGCAUCAGAUUUAUGCCCAAAUUGGCAUAAGUCGCCAUAGUUACUGUGCAGUAUGGGCAUGCAUGUGUAGAUAUGUGCCUGUACUGCGCAGUUAUAUUAGGUUACUGCGCAAUAAAUGUGCACAUGUAGACGUACCCAUUGAGGGCCUGAUGCUGCAAGGUGCUGAGUGUCCUUGCAAGGUGCUAGAUGUCUUUAACUCAUGCUCUAGUUAGAAGGAGUUUAUGGUGCUCAGCCCUUUCCUGGAUUAGGUCUUUAGCCCUUGUUUGGUUUGGGGUUUUAGUCCAGGUUUCCUAUUCUGUUCAGGUCUUCAUGUUGUGACUCUUCUUUAGUAUUGCCUACUGGCCAGUCCUCACUGUUUGACUGUUUUCUUUGAAGCUUGACUGAGGUGGCAUUAAUUAGUUUAUCAUAGUCAAGUGUUAAUUAACCUUUUCUGAAUCACCUGGGGAGCAGAAGAAGUUUAUUUAUUGACACCCAAACAAGAAAAGGUUCUUCCCCUCUUGUGAGGUGGUAGUUUUUUUUUCCUUGUCAACCCAAGCUAGAUAUCCAGGCAAUGCGAGUUAAGGCUUGAAAAUCCAGUGGUUCAAGCACAGGAAGGCCCAUCUUUGUUGUGUAAUGAGUCAGUGAAUGAAUGAAAUGCAUUUGACUUUUACACAAGUAGUAAAGAAGCGACAGUUUCUAUUUCCAGUGUAACUUUUACUUUCCUUAGCCACAAAGGUGCAUACAUCUGUCCCUUAAUAAAAUCAGUUUUUCCAGAGAGUCUCUGCCAGGCACAGAAUACAAAACCUUACGUUUGAGAGAUUAUGCUAUUUGAUUUACUGUUUUUCCAUAUUUGUUUUCUUCAGCUUUAAAGAUGUUGGCAUCUUCCCCAACCCUGUCCUUCAAAGCAACCCCAAAAAGAUAAGAGAUGAUUUUUUUUUUUAAGUGGUAGCUUCAUUUCUUCAGAGCAGUGCACACUCCAGUCUAGGAAAUAUUUGGCUCUAGCUUUUUAAAUGCAGCUGUUUUCAUAAGAGGCCUUAAUUUUUAUUUUCUUUUUAAAAAGUGUUUAUUUUAUUUUGCAGCAGCAAAUCCAGAGAUUUUACGCAAAAAAAAAUAAUUCCUAGGAUACUGACAAGAUACUGUUGAAAUCCAGGUCCUGCCAGUGACUCUAUCCAACAUGCAAGCCCCGCUUGAGUUCUUUGUAACAGGGACCAAUUAGUUUACACGCCUGCUAACGGGACUGGUAGCAUCCCUAAAGCCCUUUGCUUUGGGAUAUUCUGCAACACUAAAUGCUGCGCGUCACCAGAUGCAGAAAGAUGGCAGCUGCUCUUACAGUUUCCUGAACUAGGAGGCCAACUUCCAAGUGGAAUACUAAUGUGGAAAGCAGUCUGGAGAGGGACAAACCUUGUACAUGACUUACAGGCUCAAGUAACAGCACAUUAGGAUAGGCAUUGCCCUUGCAGAAAGAAAAAGAAGCAAACAAAUCCAAUAAAUCUCUGGUACCAUCUUGAUUGCUGAGAGGCAUCUCUUAUAUAUUUUUAAGAAGUAUUAGAGAGACCUGCUGCCAAAAGCAUAUAUAUAGAUA